CGCGACGCGACCGACGCGACUUCGUCACUUCGUCGACUUCGUUUCGAUUCGUGUAGGUGUUCUGUGGUGUGUGUACCAACACGCCAGCAACCGCAACUGGACCCGGUGCUUUGUGCUUUGUGCGCGCAACGUCGGCCGAAAUGUCUGAAAUAGAAGAGACGACGGACAACUGCGACACCGGUGGAGACGUCGACUUCGCUGCGGACAUCACGGGCCCGAAUGACUGGGAUGCUGAUGCGUCGCUAGAGCAAACGGCCAUGGAGGAUGAGAAUGGGGAAGUACAGAACGGGGAUGCUGUCACUGGUGACGCUGAAGCAGGUGCAGUUGAUGAGGAAAAACAGACCGAAGCAACUGCACCGGCUGACGGAGAAACUGAAACAGUAGAGGAGGAGAAACUUCAUGACACACCUGGAGAAACUGAAACAAAGGCAGAAAAACAAGGUGAUACAGCUGAGGCUGCUGCUGCUGCUGCUGAAGGAGCAGAGAAAGAGCCUGCAACAGAGGCAAAUAACGCUGCUGAAAGCAAAAACGGGGCUUCCUACACAUGUGACAUGUGCAAAGAAACAUUUGAAGAGACCGAGGAGGAGCAUUUGAAGGGGCGAAAGCAUCUCAAGCUGUUAGAGAGGCUCGAAAAAUUUGGCACUCUAGAAGCAGUUGCUGCUGAGUUCCAGGCCAGUGUAUGCUACCUGUGUGACGUGACAGCGGUCAGCAAGUCACAAAUGGCAAUGCAUGUUAAGGGAGCAAAGCACAAGUUGCGGUGUGCCAAUCUUAGGCUUCCCCCUUCGGCCUUGGAUCUCCCGGGUACAAACCGAGCUGCGAAGUCGCCCACCAAAGCUGAGAGCAAGUCUGCUGGGCCUCCUGACCCAAAUGCUGUAAUGCCAGAGAGGCCGGUGUGUGAUGUCUGCAAUAUAACAUUGAGCUCUGUACACCAGUUAGUGCAGCACCUCAGUGGAAGGCGACACAAGGAGAUUGUCAAUGCCUUAAAGCAGGCAGUCUUGAGACUUCCACCAAACCUGAGGCCUCCCCAGUUGAGGACGUUGUUUCGAAAAAAUGAUGGCAAGCCACCAACCGGCCCCGCCGUGAAACCAGCAGCUCCAGCUCCAAAGCCUGGCAUUGCUGUCCAGGGGCCUACUGCAAAAGGAGUGAAGAGACCAGCCCCUCCAGCUGGUGGACCUACUACUGGACCUGUCAAGAAAAUAAAGCAAGAGCCAGUGCCAAAGCCAUCAGAAGGUUCAGCAGCCUCCACAGCCGGGAGUCAGCACCAGCGACUGGCCGAGUUGAAGGGGGGCACUGGUGCUGGCACCAACAAGCCUGGAGGCCCACAGCAGAAAGCUGGGACACAAAAGCGCAAAAACUCAAGGGUCAACAGCAGUUGAAACCAGCAUUCUGGUCUAAUGUUGGUCAGCGCUCUGAACUGCAGUACGCUCAGCGCAUGGGAGGUAACCGCCCUCGUGAGAGUGUGCCUCACGUUGGAAGAGGAGGACUACUUCAUCCAGUAAUUUCCGGCAAAGGUGGCUUUGGAGGGCCACGUCAUCAGGGUCCUAUUCAACGUGAAUUUCCACCAAGUGGCAGGCACUACCGGGAUGAACCACAUCCUGCAAGCAUGUGGCAAAAUCCUCCUGUUCAGCCACAGUGGAAAAGCCCUGUCUUACCAGAGCCAGCGCCAAGUGCUGGCUAUGGUCUCUUGGACCCUCCUGCCCCAGACCCAAGGGAGCAGGGGCCCUAUGGUCCGUCUUCACCACAACAGUUUUCAAAGCUUCAGCUAGACCUGGCGUUGGAGAUCAGCAAACUGUCCCAACAUCUGUCUAGACCAGAGUUCAGCAAGGAGCUCAGUCAACAGCUGAGCCAUCACAUAAGUCAAGAACUGAGCCGCCAUCGGCAGAUGGCCACUGAUCGUCCUGGUAGAGAAGACUUCAUGCCAGACGAAUUUCCACCGCCACAUAGUGAGAGAUUGCCACUGCUCGGUGACACGUUGCCACUGCUCGAAAAACGCCCAUUGCUGCAUGACCAGCCUCCUCUCCUGCCCGAUAAAGGCCCGCUUCUGCGCGAUUCUUACGAAGACCAUGCGCCAAGACGGCCACCUCUUCUUGGUGAUUCAAGACCAGGCUUCGACGACCGGGAGCAGGCUUACCACUUUGACGGAAGGGAGGAGAGAAGACCUGGAAUCGAUAGCUAUGGAGAAAGGAGAAGCCGUGACUACUGUGACGACUAUGGGAAAGCCUAUGGCAGCGGCCAUGUCCGUGAUCUGCCUCCUAGAGAGCCUGCCGAUUACCGACGGAGUGCACAUUCAUCUUCCGGAGGACUUCUUGGCAGACCUCCUCUGCUAGGCUCUCGUUUCUGAUCAUCAAAUGCAUGUCACUCGCUUCCCACAAGCAUUUUUUCACCUGUACUGAUCACCUUUUUUGUGUUGAUCACUGGGGUGGCAGGCAUUGUCAUUUCAACAGCCGCUUCGUGGCCAAAGUGAAAGGAUUUGUUUAGUCUGAAAUAAAUAUCACAAAACAUAUAUCUGUGGUGGUGCU